AGAAAUGUACUUUAUUCUUCACCUUGUUUCUUCUUCACCUUCCCUUUAUCUCUCUUCUUCCUCUCGUCGCCUUCCCUUCCUGUCCUUCAAACCCUAGCCUUCGAUCCCGGCAGCGCGCGUUUCUUCUUGCGGGAAGGCAAACGAUUGACCCCUGUCGAGGCAUAGGUUUGAUCCAGAGCCACUGGGGGCGGUCUCCAUCUAUAAAUUCGAGGAAAAGGGGACGGCAACCCACCGCGGAGAAGAUGAGCGCACAGAAGAGGCGCACUUUUAAGAUCGAGGCGUUCAAGCACCGGGUGGAGAUCGACCCCAAGUAUGCCGAACGGACAUGGAAGGUGUUAGAGCAUGCCAUCCAUGAGAUUUACAAUCACAACGCAAGCGGGCUAAGCUUUGAGGAGCUGUACAGGAAUGCUUACAAUAUGGUGCUCCACAAGUAUGGCGAAAAACUUUACUCCGGACUUGUAACAACCAUGACAGGGCACCUAAAGGAAAUUGCAAAAUCAAUAGAAGAUGCUCAGGGAAGUUUAUUUCUCGAGGAGCUUGACAGAAAAUGGGGAGAGCACAACAAGGCGCUGCAGAUGAUCCGUGACAUAAUGAUGUAUAUGGAUAGGACAUUUGUACCCUCUAGUGGCAGGACACCUGUUCAUGAUCUUGGGUUGAAUCUCUGGAGGGAUAACAUCAUUCAUUCCAGCAAAAUCCAGUCUAGGUUACUGGAUACACUUCUUGACCUUAUACAUAGGGAGAGAAAAGGCGAGGUAAUUAAUCGGGGACUUAUGAGGAAUAUAACAAAAAUGUUGAUGGACCUUGGACCUGUGUACCAAGAAGAUUUUGAGAAACCAUUUUUAGAAGUCUCAGCUAGUUUCUACAGUGGUGAGUCCCAGCAACUCAUUGAGUGCUGUGAUUGUGGUGAGUACCUUAGGAAAGCAGAGAAACGCCUAAGUGAAGAAACCGAAAGGGUCUCCCACUACCUAGACAGUGGAAGUGAAGUUAAAAUAACUAGUGUAGUAGAGGGGGAGAUGAUUGCCAACCACAUGCAGAGACUGGUUCACAUGGAGAAUUCUGGUCUUGUGAAUAUGCUUGUAGACGACAAGUAUGAAGAUUUGGCAAGGAUGUACAGUUUAUUUCGUCGUGUCACUGAUGGGCUUUUAAUGAUUAGAGAUGUAAUGACCUUACACCUGAGAGAAACUGGAAGGCAGUUAGUUAGUGACCCUGAGAAAUUGAAGGAUCCAGUGGACUUUGUGCAACAUCUUUUGGAUGAGAAGGACAAAUAUGAUUUGAUCAUCAGCAAAUCAUUUAACAACGACAAAACAUUCCAAAAUGCUUUGAACUCUUCCUUUGAAUACUUCAUUAAUCUGAACAAUCGGUCGCCUGAGUUCAUCUCCCUCUAUGUUGAUGAUAAGCUUCGUAAAGGGUUGAAAGGCGUAAGCGAAGAGGAUGUGGAGGUUGUGUUGGACAAAGUGAUGAUGUUGUUCCGUUAUUUGCAGGAGAAGGAUGUAUUUGAGAAGUAUUACAAGCAACACUUAGCCAAGAGGCUUCUCUCUGGAAAAACUGUUUCUGAUGAUGCGGAAAGAAGUAUGAUUGUCAAGCUCAAGACAGAAUGUGGAUAUCAGUUCACUUCUAAAUUGGAAGGCAUGUUUACGGACAUGAAGACAUCCGUCGAUACUUUGCAAGGAUUCUAUGCAAGUCAACAUGCUGAGAUUGGAGAUGGCCCAACUCUAGCAGUGCAAGUUCUCACAACUGGUUCAUGGCCAACACAGCCUAGUGCACCUUGCAAUCUUCCAACUGAGAUUAUCGGCAUAUGUGAGAAGUUCCGGACAUAUUAUCUUGGAACUCAUACUGGGCGGAGAUUGACGUGGCAAACAAAUAUGGGCACAGCUGACAUCAAAGCAACCUUUGGCAAGGCUCAGAAGCAUGAGCUGAAUGUUUCAACCUACCAAAUGUGUAUUCUCAUGUUGUUCAACUCUGUGGAUAGGUUGUCAUACAAAGAAAUUGAGCAGGCUACAGAAAUCCCAGCUUCGGAUCUGAAGCGGUGUCUUCAGUCUCUCGCUUGUGUCAAAGGUAAGAAUGUCCUCCGCAAGGAACCAAUGAGCAAAGACAUAGCUGAGGAUGAUGCUUUCUACUUCAACGAUAAGUUCACAAGCAAGUUCAUCAAGGUAAAGAUAGGUACUGUGGCAGCACAAAAGGAGUCCGAACCUGAAAAGCAGGAGACACGCCAAAGAGUCGAAGAAGACCGAAAGCCUCAGAUCGAAGCUGCGAUCGUGAGGAUUAUGAAAUCCAGAAGGGUGUUAGAUCACAACACCAUUGUAACGGAAGUGACCUCACAACUGCAAUCUCGAUUCCUGCCAAACCCAGUUGUCAUUAAGAAAAGGAUUGAGUCUCUAAUUGAGCGAGAGUUCUUAGAAAGGGAUAAAGCAGACAGGAAACUAUAUCGCUAUCUUGCUUGAAUGCCACAAGGGCUUCUCCGCUAUUCACAUCUGGCUUUUGUAGUUCCAUAUUAUUGGUAUUGAAAUUCCUGCCCGUUUCCUCAUGAACGCAUGUUGAUACUUUCUGCUAUAGGUUCAUGUAACUUCAUCUGUCUGAUCUACUGCAAAAUCUUCUGAUUUCUGGUCCUCGCUGGAUUCUUUUUUCCUCAUGAAUCAUAUUUGUAUUUGGUUCCGCUGAUUACUUGGUCACUUUCAUCAACUCCUGAGUGGAAGAAGGCGGGUCUUCAACUUCAUGCACAGGAGAUGGUGGUGGGAAUUCUUCUUUAUCCAUUCAAAGGAAUCAUUUUAGAGAGGUAUGCCUAGAAUUUAUUGUAAAAAUUUGAUGGUAAAAAACUAGUGUCCAACCUGUCUAUCUUGCCAUACUGGGGAUGUAACAGGUGCCAUAUAUGACCCGUUUAAAAUUGGAUCAGGCUCAGGCCAUGGAUUUUGAUUUGUUUAUCAAGCGAGUUGGAUUCUCCUAGACUUAA